AUGUCUGCCUUUCAGAAACCUCCACAUAAGGGACGUGGUAGUGUUCAUCGGGACAAGAUCAACUCCACUUCAGAUCCCUUGGAACCUACUGUCAGCUACAGACAGGCUGUCAAUAUUCUUCUAGGGGAUCAGAUCAGUAAUCUCGAGAAACACACAGAGAGGGGGAUAGACUAUGUUGAAAGGUUUAGCAGUUUCGUCAAAGAUAGACAGAAAAUUGAAAUUGAAUAUGCCAGCCAACUCAAGAAACUACACAAGAACUACUUACCGAGGAAGAAAGAAGAAGAAGAUUACAAGUACACGGCGCUUCACGCCUUCAGACAGAUUCUCUCCGAAGUGAACAGUAUCGCCAACCAACACGAGCUGAUCGGAGAGUACCUGGUUACCAAUGUCCUCAAGGAGGUCCAAGCGCUCAUUACCGAGCUGAGGUCGGAACGGAAGAAAUAUCUCCAAGAAUUCAAGCAAGAGGAUAAUAACCUGGAGAAGUCCAUCCGCAAGAUGGAAUCGACCAAGAGUACCUAUAAACACAGCCAUGAAGCAUGGAUGACUUCUAAGACUAACUUUGAGAGAGCUAAUGAGGAUAUGAACCAAACAAAGGCACAGGUUGAAAAGUACCGAGCAACAAUGAACGGCAAGAAUUCGCAAAAAUGUGAAUGCAAAGACAACUACAUCCUCCAGCUCGACAACACAAACAAAGACCAGAGAGACUUCUACUACACAAAAAUACCACAAAUAUUCACCAAAAUUCAAGAAAUGGAUGAGAGGAGGAACCAGCGCUUGGGGGAGUUCUACAUCUCUUACGCGGAAGGUCAUCGGCAGGUCAUUCCCCUGAUCAAGAACUGUCUGGAAACAAUGACCAUUGAGGCAGAGAAGGUUGAUCCGUCCAAAGACACCCAGAAGACUAUUGAAAAGUACAAGUCGGGUUUGAUCCCGCCCGACGACUUUCCCAUGCAGGAUUUGGACGACCCGAACGCAAACGGGCCGGACCCCGACACUGUGUCGAUCAAUAGCGUCAGCAGUGCCAACGGGGUCACUGGCAAGGCCUUUGAAAAGAAAAAAAAAGGAAAGGGGGGACGUUUCCUUCCCAGAAAGAAAGGCCUAGGUCGUGAGGAGGAUAAGGACCCGUCGCGCCCCUCGACCAGCAUCAAGAUGAAAAUCCCACACACACCAUCCUUUAGACGCAAGAGACCACUCUCCUUUUUUCAGGAGGAGCCUAAAGAAGAUUUCAGUCACUUGCCACCAAACCAGCAGUCCAAGAAACUGAAGGAGAAACUGGACGAACUCAACAGUCUUAUAGAAUCGGAAGUCAAAUCAAAAGAAGGGUUGCAGAGGAUGAGAGAAGUAUACACAAAGAACCCCACAUUGGGCGACCCAGCCAGUGUAGACAAGCAACUGGCAGACAUAGGCAAGAAGAUGGAUAACCUACGAAUGGAACUAGCUAAGUAUCAGAAAUACAUGGGACACUCUCCAUACAAAAAUAACUCUCUUCCAGGUGGCUGCGAGCUGACCGUGACGCCUGCAGAUAAAAAUGGGCAAAACGAUGAUACUGAUACUGAUACUAGCGAACCGAAGGGCCAUCGGCAAAGCGUUCUAGCCGAGAUAAAGAACUAUUUAGCUCAUGCUGAGGGCAAACCCAUCCCCAUCACCCCUCAGACCACACCCAUGAGCACACCCCAGGGCACCCCCCAGCAGCCAUCCAAGACACACGACCCAGUCCAGUCAGAAUCGGAGAGACUCCCUCCAAGCGGGGCGGAGACACCGCAGACUAUCACUGAGCAUGACGGACAGAACUCGUCUGGAGAACCACUCAGCCCUGGUUGGGGAGGACAAAAUAGCUUCGACGAACAAGAGGAGCCUAUUGGAAAAUGUCGAGCAGUCUAUGAAUUUAAACCUGAUGAUGAAAAUCUAUUAAGCAUGGCGCAAGGAGAAGAACUGGAGCUGAUAGAGAAAGAUAGCGGGGACGGAUGGACAAGGGUGCGUCGGGCGGAUGAAGAGGGCUAUGUACCCACCUCUUACAUCGAGCUCUUGUAAGAAUACUUUGAAAAUCACUAUGUGGGACUGAGCAGAGAACACGAAUCCUUUGUUGAACACACACUGCAGAUCAACAUGCGGGACUAUGAGAAUGUGAACGGUACACUAUCUGUAUUUUGAAGGAACAAAACUUUUAGAGAGCAGACAGAGGAGUCGGAAUAUAGACGUGUAUCUGGAAAUGUGGAAUCAAUGAGCGUUGGUGACCGAAGGAAACAUUUGAAAGAAUGAAAUAUCAGCCUGGCAAUUUGUCGGCCAUGUUGGAUAGUUGUGCAAGAUCUGCUCAUGGCAUUGUCAUUACUUCGGAAUUGCAUAGUUGAGAUUCUGAGGUGAUUUGAAAAUUUCCUGCUGAAGUUGUCGCAAAUACGGAUCAGAUUGAUUGACUGGAUGCAUGUAAAACAUUGUUUUUGAAGAAAAGAAUGCGGGCACGAAUUCCAGGUUGUGCCACAAAAACUGAAUAAUGCAUUUUAUGUAAAUGAUAAAUACACGCUGAUUUCAUUGUUCCCUCCGUAAAACAGCAUCGCAUCAAUAAUAUUAGCAAAAACAUAGGCUUUAGAUACUCACUGAUCGAUAUUAUGCUUUGAAUAUAAUAUGGUAUGCUACAAGCAGCUACACUCAUAUUUGAAACAAGUAAUGCUUUGAUUAGGUAGUCUUAUGUGUUGGCCAGUAUAGAAAUAUAUAUUGCCGAAGGAGGUUCAGGGCCCCGUCUUACAAAGAGUUACGAUCUAUGGAAAUCCAUCAGUGUCAUUAUUUUUUCUACAGGAAAUUUGCAAAAUGUCCUUUGUAAGCAAAGGAGAACACACCAAAUUGUCAAGAAAUCAAUGAAUUUAUGGAUAUACAUUCAUAUCUAGAAUUUUUUUUGAAGAAACAUGCAUUUUAUAUGUUGACACUGCUGGCCGUCCAUAGUUGCGAUUGAUUAACUCUUUGUAAGAUGGGGCCCUGGUUUCAUACGUGUACCUGAUGGAUAAUGGUCAUGUGCAUGUCACUUAGGGCUCUUUAGCAAGUCCUUCUUACAGUGUUAUAUAUAUUUGUAAAGAUUAGAAUCUGAGCUCAACUGAUCCUAAAUAAGAUUUCUGAAAAUGGAUACUGCGAUCUCGACCAUCACACAGCUCGCAUCACCCGAGAGGAAUAGAUGUGUGCAAAUGUUUGUGUUACAUGGCAUUGUGCACCUUGUGUGUGAAAAUAAGUCUUUAUGGAUCAUAUUCAUUUGCAUAAGGGAAGUGGUAAUGGUAUUUAAUCACGUCAUGUUUUGGAACGUGAAAUUCUCCAUGUCAAAUGCGCAUCUUAUUCCGAGAAAUCAGAUCUGGGAGAUGUUCAAAUAUAAGCAAAAAUUUUUGCAUUACAAUACCAGUCAACUACUAGACUUUUGGGAUUGACAAAUCUUUACUGAAACAUUAGUAAAACAAGAACAAUAAUUAGGCAUAGAAGAAAUUAUUUCAUUGAUUAUAGGAAUAGCGUUAGACCCUUAUUCAAGCAUUGUAAUAACCAUGUUGUCAAUAGCACUGUGUAUUGCAAGUACAUGUUCAUCAUUUUGAGAGUUAAGUGUCUUUCAUUUUAUCUUGCAAUUAUUAGGAAAUCAGAUUCAGUAUAAUGUGAACAAAGUUUUUUAAAUACUUAUUUGAUUGUUUUGUGUGUUUUAAUGCUGAGAGGAUGAAGCAGCUUUGAUAUCAAGAAGUUUAGCUAUUUGCCCUAUGAAAGAAUACACCGCACUUUUAAAAUAAUGAAAUAAAAAAAAAAGUUAUUAAUCCUUAUUCAAUUGGUAAUAUUGUUUGCAAAAUGAAAGGAUUAUCUUGCCAGUGUGUUUUACUUUAUUUCUUCAAAACUAUUCAUAUAAACUCUUUAGACAAAUUCAUGAUAAAAUAUUUGUAGGCCUUGCUUUGCUAUUUCAUAACAUUUUUCUGACAAUUAGCAUGGUUUUAAAAUUUAAAACGUAAGUGGUAGUCUGUUGUAAUAAUAUUCCUAAACUAAUCAACUUAGACCAGGAUGUAACAUCCACAUCUUAAUUAGAUGAAAUAAUAAAUACACUGUCACGUGAUGUACUAAUAUACAUGUAUGAGAAGGAUUUGUUACUGCAUUUAUAAUUUCUCCAAUAUAAAUGAAACGUAACAACUUUCACUGUUGAAAGGACAGAUCCACCUUUGUGAAAUGUAAUUUAUAAGAUCUAUAUAAAUAUAUUGUACUAUAUAUCAUUCCUCUCCAAUAUAAUGUAUAUUAAUUGUUAUCAUUGUGUAUGUACAGUUUACAUACAUAUAUAUAGUUAAUCAGCACAACACACACGGCAAUCUGUCAUGUUAUUCCACAUUCACAUCCCAAUGGGCUCGGGAACGCAAGCUUUAGCAAUAGGUUAAAGAACAAAUUUUUUUAAAUGAUGAUUUGUAUUAAUAUUUGAGUCUGGUUGUUAUUCCCAUCAUUAAAAAUCCUUAAUUAAUCAGUUACCACACCAUCAUGGCAUUUCUUUUGUAGUUGAAAUUCUAUAUAUGAAUUGUGAUCUGUAGAGUAAUUUUAUGAAUUUACUGAUGUAUACUAAUUAUAGUCUGACUUGACUGUCGGUAUUUAUUUCUAAAGUGAAAUUUCUGGCUUUCUUAUGUAAUAGCCCCACCCCUUUGUCUUCCGUAAAAUAUUAGAUGCCCAAACUUAAAGGGAGUAAGAAGAGGAUAUAAUUUGGUCAUGAAUCAUUGUAUUUCAUUUAUUUGUCUGUUUAGUAAUCUCAAAAUAUUGUCAAGAAUGCCCCAAUAAAACACGGUGCUUGCACUUUGAUUGUUUAGAGGAAAAGAACUUUUGUAUAAUUACAAGAAAAACCUAUUUCAACUGAAUAGUUCUUUUAUUAAGGCAUCACCUCGCAACAGUGGUUUAGUAUUUUGCUCAUUUUAUCUUGUCAAUGGACGGAGUGUGUAGAUAUAGUAAUUACUAUUAGUAUCUCUAAACAACAAUGAUAUUACAAUUGUAAUCAUGUAUUUUUUUUAUUGAAACACAUGUGUGUGUUCAUGUGCAAAUAUAUUUGUUGUCUAAUCGUUUGUAGAUAUUUCAUUACUACUGUACUGUGAUAUCUGAAUAUGAUUUUUCAAUUUGAGUGUAUAUUUUAUUUACACAUUUAUUGGGGAAUGUUCAUUUCCAGAAAUUAAUGGUUCAGUUUUUGAUUGGGAAAGGGUUUUGUUUAGGUCCCGUAUGACAGCAUUGUUACUCUAUGUAGCCAGCAACCCCCCCCCCCCCUACACAUUUCUUUGUGAUGCUUAAAAGACAUCUCUAUUUCACAAUCUUCAUAUUAUGGAGAUAUCAGAAAAUGGACAAAUUAAUGCUUGUUUUUCCACUCUCUCAUUGGCGUGCUGAUAGAGGUAUUAACAUUCAUAAAUCUAUAAUAGGAAUUAUUUAUUGUGUCAUAAUGGUCAUUGCUGCACCUACAAGAAUAAGUUCCCCCUUGUGUCCCUUUUUCCCCCUUUCCUGUAUCAUGAACACGUAUCUGUUGGUGAAAAGAUUAUUAAGCAACCAAUUUAAACAGGUACUUGUCAAUAAAUGUAAUCAUCAUUUUACAUCAAACCAA